UUAGUGACAAAGCAAUCAUACUGCUCGGGGCACGAUGGAGUGCAAUCCCAACCAGAGGCGGACUGACCAUUUGGAAACUCGAGCACUGCCUGAGGGCCCGGGGUCAGUAAAGGGCCCCAUGAGAUGCCCCUGGUACCUUUUUCAUAGACUUUUUUGAGUUUGGGCAAGGACACAGGAGCCCCAUGAUCCCCUAUUGCCCGGGGGCCCCAUGAGUUGUCAGUCCGCCCCUGAUCCCAACACAAACAGUGACACAUAUACGUAGCAGGUUGUCCUCAAUUCACAAACUCACCAG